AUGGCAAUGUCCCAGGCCGCAAACCUGAUAGAGAAGGUUCUUGGCCAUGGUGAUAAUGCAACAGUCACCACUGAUGUGUCCAGCUACGACAAUGAAUAUGGAGUGGAGACCGGAGAGAUGAUCCAGGCUACUACUUGGCAAGGGAAGAACCGAGUCAAAGUUGUGAAAAUGCCCAAGCCACGGGUGAUCGACCCUGGAGACGUGAUUGUCAGGGUAACAGGAAGCACUAUUUGCGGUAGCGAUCUGCACCUAUAUCACGCGUCGGGCAAAGGGGUCAUUCCUCAGCUGGAGAAGGGCGACGUGCUCGGCCAUGAAUGCUGUGGGGUUGUCGACAGUAUAGGGCCCGAGGCAAAGAAUGUCAAAGUUGGAGAACGAGUUGUUGUUUCUUUUCCGAUUGCUUGUGGGGAUUGUAAGAAUUGUCGGAGAGAGUACUAUUCCCAAUGUGACAAGACCCACGAGAACACUUUGACCAAUGCCUUGUAUGGGAAGCGAACUGCAGGUAAGUCCAGCAGAGUAACUGGACUCGGGGGUCCUGAUAUUCAUACUAAAUUGGGAACAGGCAUAUUUGGAUAUUCCCAUUUCACAGGUGGGUUUGCAGGUGGCCAGGCCGAGUACAUUCGAGUUCCAUACGGCGACGUCAAUCUUCUUUCUAUUCCAGCCGAAGUACCAGAUGAGAAGGCACUUUAUGUCUCGGAUGUUAUAGCAACAUCGUGGCACUGCGUGGUCGACACCGGUGUCAAGAAAGGUGAUGUUGUUGCGAUUUGGGGAGCCGGGCCAAUCGGGCAGAUGUGUGCACAGUUCAGCUUCUUCCAUGGAGCUAGUCGAGUCAUCCUCAUCGAUGGAGGUGAUGGUGCAUGGCGAUUAGAUUUCGUGAAGACAAAAGCGCCCAAGGUCGAGUUAGUCAACUUCACAAAUCUGCCUAAAGGCGAGUCAGUAAUAUCACAGCUGCAAAAGAUGGUUGAUGGCGGACCGGACGUUGCUUUAGAGUGUGCAGCGGGUGAAUACGCCAAAGGAUGGGCGCAUUACUUCGAGCAGAUGCUUGGAAUGGAGACGGAUACUUCGGAGCUGUUGAAUGAAAUGAUUACUGCUGUUCGCCCAUUUGGCCAUGUUGGAGUGACGGGUGUCUACGCCGGAUUUACCAAUCACUUUAACAUUGGGGCUCUGAUGCAGACAGGUGUUCACCUUAUGGGUAAUGGACAGGCUCCUGUCCACAAGUAUUGGAAACACCUUAUGCAUCUUAUUCAGACGGGCGAUAUCAAUCCGCUGGAUAUGGUGACGCACCGGGUCCGUUUGGAAGAUAUGGAGAAAUUGUAUGCGAUUUUCAAUAGGCGAGAAAUGGGCAUGCAGAAGGUCUUCGUGCAGACUAAGCACUCUGCUCCUCCAAAACAUGGAGCUCCUCGAUUAACGGAGUUGUGA